AUGGCGGGUCCAAAGAAACACCCAGAUGACUGGGUGCUACGGUCCUUCUCCAGGAAACCACAGAAGAGUCAGCCGCACGUAUUCUCUCCCUUACUGUGGACACAUCUCCUCUUCCUGCUCGUGGGACUAGAAGCCUCUGGAAAGGACUCACCCCCAACAGUGGUGCCAGGGAUUCUAGGGGGUUCGGUGACUUUCUCCCUGAACAUUUCAGUGGACACAGAGAUUGAGCACGUCACCUGGAAUGGUCCCCAAAAUGCUCUUGCUUUAGCAGUCACAGAAACACAAGUUAUCAUUAUGGACAAAAGCUACCAGAACCGACUGAACAUCAGCUGGAACUAUUCCUUGUCUAUCAGCAACCUGACUUUGAAAGACGCAGGAUCCUACAAAGCCCAGAUAAACCGCAAGAAUUCUAAAGUCACCGCUGAUGAGGAAUUCAUCCUGCGUGUCUAUGAGCAGGUGCAGGUGCCUCGAGCUGUCGUGAAGUCCGUGAACAUGUCUGAUAGUGCCUCCUGCAACAUUACCUUGAUUUGCUCUGUGGAGAGGGCAGGGACAAGUGUUCUGUACAGCUGGACCCCGAAGAACACCCAUGCUUCUGAAUCCCAUGGGGCCUCCACCAUCACCAUCUACUGGAUGCCAUGUGACCCAGACCUUCCAUACACCUGCACAGCCAGGAACCCAGUCAGCCAGAGCACCUCCGGCCCCAUCCAUGUCCGGCAGUUCUGUACAGCUCCGGGAGCCUCCAGAGGAGGAUCAGCGGGGGAGACAGUGGUGGGGAUCCUCGGGGAGUCAGUCACCCUCCCCCUAACACUCUCGGCCAGUCACUACGUGAACAACAUUGUCUGGAUGUUUAACACAUCUAUUAUCACCAAAAAGCAGGAAGUGAAGCCCAAGAUUCCUGACAAGAACUCUGGCCAAGACUACUCCCUGAAGAUUGGCCAGCUAAAGAUGGAGAAUGCUGGCCACUACUAUGCCUAUGUGUGUUCAAAGGCCUCCAGAGUCAUCAGCAGAAAACAUUUCACCCUGCUCAUCUACCGGAGGCUGAAGAAGCCAAAGGUUACCGGGAGCCUUGAGCUCACUGAGGAUGGCAUCUGCAGGGUCAGCCUGACAUGUUCAGUGGAGGACAGUGGACACAAUGUGACAUACUUAUGGACCUUCCUACAGAAAGGAACUGUCAUGUCCCAAGGGGGAUCUCACCUCAAUAUCUCUUGGAGAAGUGAUGAAAAUCAUCCCAACUUCACAUGUACCACCAGGAACCCUGUCAGCAAGAGCUCCCAGUCAUUUCUUCCCGGUGACAUCUGCCCAGGGCACGAGAGAAACAUGAAGCUCUACAUUGGACUCUCCUUGAUGUCUCUUAUUCUUCUGUGCUUUGGGAUCUCCAUCUGGUGGUGCAUGUGGAAGCAAAAAGGACGGCACUCAGUCCCAGACUCCAGCUCCAACCAAGCUGAAACCCCAGCGGAUGCGCCAGGGUAUGAGAAGCUGGACACUCUUCUCAAGACUGCCAAGCAACGGUCUAGGCCCCCCUCUGCCAGCAGCUCUGACAGCAGUGGAACAACCGAGGAGACGACAGACAUGGUCAAGGCUGGAAGAUACCAGGAGGACACUGGACCUGACUCGGCUUCUGAGACGCCAGCAGAGUACGAUCUCCUCAUGCUGAGGAAUGCGCCUGCACCUACGGCCCAAGACAACACGGUGUAUGCGCAAGUAUUCCUCAACUUGCAGGGAAAGACCCUAGUUCCUCAACAGAAAGAGGGUUCGGCCACAAUCUACAGCUGUAUCCAGACACCCCAGAAGGUGGUGCCACCACCACAGCAGAAUGAUCUGGAGUCUCCUGAAACCCCUACCUAUGAAAAUUUGGACUGAAAGGAAAAGCAGCUGCUGCUUCUCUCCCUGUGGUCGGAGAGGGUUCUGGACUGUGCAGGGCCUGAUGCUCUUGCAGACAGAGCACUUCAGAACUGCCUUCAGCAUCUCAAAGGUGCCUGGGUUUGACCCUCGCCCUUCCUUUCUAAACCCUUGUAACUUCCCAAGCCCAUGAACAGAUCAGAACAGGCUCCUUCUUGGAGUCCCUGGCUUUCAAGAUGCCCCUGCUCCAUCCAUCUCCACGCAGGCUCAGUUUCCCCCCCUCAGUUCAGAGGCACCACCUUAGAGCUUUGCCAAGGCUGGCCACAUGUGGCCGAAAGGGCCCUGGACCUUCACACCAUCUUCUAAACAGGUGAUAAAAUGGAUCCAACAGAUAUUCUCACUCAUGGGCACGAAGAUCUGUGUAAAAUUAUGUCCACUGCCAUAUCUUUUAAAAUAGAAGGACAGGGGCACCUGGGUGGCUCAGUCGGUUAAGCGUCCGACUUCAGCCAGGUC